GCCCAUUCCUCUAUUAGAGAGAGAACAAGAACAAGAACGAGCUAGAACAGAGAGUUAAGUUGCAGCUAUGGAUCCAUGUCCAUUUGUCCGACUAAUCGUUGAUUCCCUGUCAUUAAAGCUCCCACUUUCAACAAGAAAGCCCGAUUCCGCCGUCUAUCCAUCAUCCACCGCCACCUGUUUUUGCGUCAUCCGGAUCAAAGGAUUCUCUCCACAAACAACUUUCCUUCCUAUCUACUCAUCAUCUGAUGCCGUCGACGCCUCUGUCGGGUUCCACCUGGACCAGGCUUCACUCCGACGUCUAUCAGGGAAAUCGCUGAAUCUUACCGUCUUGGUUUACCCUGGAAUGAUAGGUAACACGUGUGGAGUCACCAGGGGGAAGUUGCUUGGACGAGUCAAUAUUGGAAUCGAACUCAAUGGUGAAACAGAGUCUAAACCUGUGGUUUUUCAUAAUGGUUGGAGUAAACUAGGAGCUGAAUCUGAUAAACCUAUGCCUGAACUUCAUCUUACUGUUAGAACUGAACCUGAACCACGUUUCGUGUUUCAGUUCGAUGGUGAACCUGAAUGUAGCCCUGUUGUGUUCCAGAUUCAGGGUAACAUCCGUCAACCUGUUUUCAGCUGUAAAUUCAGCGCAGACCGCAACGCUAGAUCACGGAAUGUGCCACAAGAUUUCACCGCAAAAACCAACAGAGUAGGAGGAUGGAUGAGGACGUUCAGCGGCGGCGAAAGAGACAAACCAGCCGGAAAAGAAAGAAAAGGAUGGAUGAUAAUGAUCUAUGAUCUCUCAGGCUCCCCUGUAGCCGCAGCCUCCAUGACAACUCCAUUCGUCGCCUCCCCAGGCUCCGAUCGGGUUUCCAGCUCCAACCCUGGAGCUUGGCUCAUACUCAGACCUGAUGGCUCCUCUGAUAACAGCUGGAAACCGUGGGGACGGCUCGAGGCGUGGAGAGAAAGGGGUACUGAUUAUGGACUUGGUUAUAAGUUAGAACUUGUAACAGAGCUUAAUGCAGCUGGGAUUCCGAUUGCGAAAGGGAUUAUCAAUGGGAAGAAAGGUGGGAAGUUUUGUAUUGAUAAUAGAUUGAAUAAUGACGACCCUUCACUGAGUUCAGUUAGGGGAUUUGUAAUGUGUUCUACGGUGGAAGGUGAAGGGAAAACAAGCAAACCGGUGGUUGAAGUUGGAGUUGAACAUGUUACUUGUUCGGCGGAUGCUGCUGUAUUUGUGGCGGUUUCUGCCGCCAUUGAUUUAUGUAUGGAUGCUUGUAGGUAUUUCUCUCGUAAACUGAGGAAAGAGUUCUGCCAUGAUCAACAAGAUAACUUUUCUUGAUCAUAUUGUUCUCUUGCUAUGCAAUGACAAUCAAUUGGUUGGAGCAUAUAAGAAAACUUUUAAUAUAUACAAGAACAAAUGUUAUACUAUUUUUUAUUUAUUUUUAGAUAAUUUAAGAAGGAAAUCGUGUUUUGAAGUAAGAGUGCAACUCUUUUAGUGUUUAUUUUUGUUUAUGAUCAUUGUUUGUUUUGAGCUUAUAUAUGUUUACAAGAAAUUUCUUACACAUUC